AUGGGUUUGGUGGAACCGUCACCAUGGGAACUGCUGGAAGAGACCGCCGAGUUCGAGCAAGAAAGUCCAAGAGACGAACUCCAGGACAACGCGACAAAGACAGCCACAAGGACACCUCAAGACAGCAAACUUCCAGAAGAGAGCCUGCUUCUUCUUCCAGACGGCCUUUGGAAGUGGUUAAGUCUAAAAGGGAGCCUUAAGUUAAGCUUGAAACUCGUGGUCGUUCUGCAGAGAAAGCUGGAGACUGCCGAGCUCGAGCAAAGAAAAAGCUCCAAAGAAAAGAAGUUCUUCCAAAAGACCUGUGGAUUGUUCCAGCCCAACGAGUUGAGUCUGAAUGCCAUGCACAACUUGCAGAGUACACACGAGAAGAACAAAGAAGUCCAGAACGGAAGCGUUGCUGAGUUGCUGAUGAAGAAGGGUGUUUUGCAGAAGGACCCACCUGAGCGCGGCAGCUGCAAGUGCACUGCUCGACAGACUCCUCGGUGGAAGUUGGAGGCUCAAGGUCACUCGUGUCAGUGGCGUUGCAAAGCGUGUCGAAAGACCUUGGCUGUGACUCGACGAGAUGAGGACCUUUUUGGCAAGCAACGCCUUGCGCUGAGGUCCCUUGCUGGGGCAAUGUGGCUGUACACGUCUGGCUUGCACUUCUCGCCUGACCAAGCCAGUGUUGUGCUUGGUGUUGACCAUAGGACCCUUCGAGCUUUGUACGAAACCUUCAACAAGCUUUUCACACCCUUGGUGGAGCAACUCAACAGCGAACUUGUGGUUGGAGCUUGUGGCGCCGACUUAGAGCUGGACGAAGUGGCUUUCCGCUCUGUCGGAAGACCGGGAGGCAUCGUGUGGCUGAGGUACAUUGGUGUGGCCAGGCGUGGUUCAAGCAAGGUGUGGUUGCAGCGUUUGCCAUACCGCGUGACUCAAGCUGGCCAAGGUGGAGGCGGACCUCUUUCUUUGGAGGAGAUGAAGGAGGCCCUACUGCUGGAGUCGGACAAACCCGUUUUGGCAGAAGGGUCAGUUUGCCACACCGACGGCGCCAAGGCCUACAGAGCGCUUGCAAGCCCAACAACUGAAGGACCUCUCGUUGACGGUAGCCUCACAAAGUUCGGGUUGAAGCUUGCACACACAGCAGUGAAGCACAAGCCUCCGCAUCCAGAGUUCACGAAGCGCUUUGAGGUCAAUGUCUGGACAGGUGAGUCUUUCGAGAAGCAAGUGAGACUUGGUGGCACGCAGAAGCUAGACGGUUUUUUUGCAAGUUUCCGCAGAGUUGUAGGACGGAAACCUUUUAACAAUGUCGGAGCCUCAGACGAGUCAGCGCCACGUAUGGAAGAGCUCAUGCAUUUCCAUGUGCGUGCUUUUCAACUUAAGAUGUGGUUUGCAGGUUGUGACAUGUUUGCUGUCUACGGCAAAUUGCGGGAACUCGCAAGAGCCGGUGUAGACAAUGUCAAGUGGUGCAACUUGACUCGACGGAGUUCAAAGUUGCUUUCGAACCGCAGCUUGUACAGCGCAAUGUGA